GCCGCCGUUCUCAUACCCUCACCACCGCGUCCUUCGGCUAACUCUUACUUUUACACCGUCAGCCUUUUUCCGCUUCUCUUUCUCUCCGGUACCACGUUCAUCUCGUCGAACGGAGAUCGCGACGUGGAGGAAAGGUACCAUACGCGAAACGCGGGUCGUGAUUUACCGAGAGAAUUCGAGCGAGAAUUAACGGUUGGUAGCCGCUGGAAGACGAGCAACCGUGUCUCGAGGUGAAGGCCCACGAUGAUCGCGAGUGUCCGGUGACGAUACGUGUUAUUAUCGUUCGCAGCACAGCGUCAAACUUCGACGAAAUUAACUAUUCCUCGAGCGUGUUUCCGCGUCUCGAGGGCAGCCAGUUGCGGGGAACAUUGUUCCGAGAGAGACAGAAGGGUACACGAUCGGUGGAUCGGCUGGAAUCGCCGAAAUGUGGCUGAAAGUCGCGCUCCUGAUAACUUGCGUCAUCGCGUGCACGCUCGCGGACGACGAGUCUCGAGGCGGAGCCGUAUCGGUCGCAGAUUUCGUGACCUCGCACAAAUUACCGGAGGACGUGGCACGACCGCUCGAUCAGGACGAAGAGGACGACGACGUGGUGGAUGUGGAGAGGAAAGUAGUCGGCAAGGAUGGGAAAAACUCGAAGAAAGUCGUGCCGAAGUUCGAGAGCUUCGAUAAAAAGCUACUCGAACCGGUCAGACGGUUCGACUUCGGCGACGAUGACAAAGGGAACACCGCGAAGAGGCAGGUACGCGUGGAGUUGGAGAACUUUGGGGACACGGGUGUCCUUCAGGAGGAUGGAAUUCGAAGAACGGACGCGUUUAGAUCGCGAGUGGACGAUCAGAGGGAUUCCGUGAUCCCCGGAGUUCGCGUCAGCAACGAGUAUCCAACCACCAUGCUGCCGAUUCUGACCACACCGCGAGAGACGAGCGGUUUCGACUUCGUCCCGGUGAACAUAAUCCGCAACGACGGCAAAGAGACGUCCUUUCGCGAGAGAAACUUCGGCGACUUCAGCGACGUCAGUUUAGUUCCCGCCGGCACUAAUUCCCGUAUCCAGGUAAAAAAGGGACCGAACGGGAAGGACUACGAAUACGAGUACGUAUAUUAUUACUAUGACGAGGAGGAUGAAAAUAAGGCGGGUACAGCGGACUCGGCCGUCACCAAUUCUUACGACGUUCCUUCUAGAAGCACGUCCGCGCCUAGGCGCGGCAGUUCGUCCAGCAACAGAAACAAGUACAGUAGCGGGGAGAGAUCGAGCACCGUGGAGCCGGCGAGCAACGAAGUGAUUCCGAACAGAAACGGUAGCGGAAACGGAAACAGAGGGAGACAAUUGGCCGAAACCGAAGACGUGUCCGAGGAAAGAUUGCCGACCAACACCAGGUUUCCACCGAGAUCGCGGUCGAAUCACAACACAGCUACGGCCACUACAGAGCCCUCCCGGAGCCGGGGCAAUCGCCCGAGACCGGGCUUGGACCUGGUCGACUCGAGUAGCUUCCGCACGCAUCAAGAGGGCCCGGAAUUCCCUCAAGUGUUACCUAAAGGGCCGGUCAGGUUCCUAGGAGUCACACCGAACGAGGAGAGCGAGGAAAGGACGAGUACCAGAGGACGCAGACCUCAGAGAGUCCAGGAGCCCGCGCCUGUAGAAGAGGUCGUCGAGGAUGUGCCCGCACCCACGACCGUCAGGAGACGACCAGUCGCCUCCGAGCUGGACGAAUCGAACAGGAGCCAACCUCUGCGAUCUAGCGAGGCUAACGACGAGAAGGAAGAAGAGAGCUUGCCUAUUACCGAAAAACAAACGUCGAAGGAGAAGCAAACGUCCUCUGAGAAAGGAGAAGAGUACGAAGAGACGGAUUCUUCCUCGGUUUCCCCGAGCACGCCCGCUUCCAUCGCUACCGAGACCCCGACCACCGAGUAUCCUUCUUCCUCCAUGGACAAAGUCGCUUUGGAUUUGUACGCCUUCGUGCAACAAGGUCAGAAUAAUCUGGUGGACGCGUCCAGUAGCGAGCCUAGCGCGGAUUCCUCCUCCGAUGGGACCACGCUGUCGAACGAGGAAGCCGAUACCACUGAUCUAACGGCUGUCACCGAUCAAUCGGCCACAACGAUCGCUAAUCUCGAAUUAACGACCACCGUGCUUCCGACGUCGACGCCGGAACUGACCACUACCCUGGCAAGUACCACGAGUACUACGACCACUACUACAACUACGACUACAACGACGGAACCGCCAACUACCACCACCAGUCAGUCAACGAUCGGAAGAGGGAAGUUCCGGAGACCGGGUAUCGGAGGAGCCGCGGCUCCGCGAAAUCGGUUCAAGUCGAACGGAAGCGGGAGCACGACGACCACCGAGGCCCCAGCGGAACCGACGCAGCGGACCCGAGUACGAUUCGGUAGCAACGGAUCCAAUGGAAACGGUGGAUUCAAGAGGAACCGACCCGGGCAUAAACAGCCCGUCGAAGAGGACGCGGUGCAGAAAGAGAGCACGAGUUCAGUUCACGCGGAACGACCCGCGGCGAAUAACAAUCGGAACCGAUUCCGCGGUUCGGGCGGCACGAGAUCCAUAGGGUCGACGACCACCUCCGCUCCGUCCAACGGCGCCGGUUCGACAGCCUCGGGGCCCAGCGGGGUAUCCCGGCCGUCGUUCAAUAAGUUGAAUAUCAACAGACGAAGAGGAAGACCGACCACCACGGCGCCCAAUACCAGCGAGGAGAGUCAAGAAACGGGUAAGGAAACCGCGCAGGAAGCUGUCACAGCGCCGUCCAAGUCCACGGUACGCGCGAGACUUCCGACAACCGGAGCGAGACCGGUGAUCAAGCACGGGGCUCGAGUGAAUCUGAGACAGAAACCGGGUCAAUCGACCACGACCACAAGCACGACACCGGCCGCCGUGGAGAAUCCGGAGGAAUCGUCGGUCGAGGAGCCAGCCGGAGAGGGGACCGAAGAAGAAACUCACGAGGCACCGGCCGAGACUAGCCCGACGCCGGCCCGUUCGACCACCGUCAAUCCGUUGAACAAGUUGCGCAAUCGGAACCGACUACAGGUGCAUCCGAAAACAACGACCAGGUCCCCGGUACCCGCGGUGUCCAGAAGAUCGCCGUUGUUGCCCCGUCGCAAAGUGACCGAACCGCCCGUCGCUCAGACCAGCAGCCAAGAGGAGGCGGUGUCCGAGGAGGUGGACGUUUCCGGCGAAACGGAACCGACCGAGCCGACAUCCGGCGAGACCAGCACCGCCGCGAGCACGAAACACGAGGAGACCAGAGGUCUCGGGGGACUUUUAGCACCCAGGCGCAGGAUAACGCCGCGACGUCCUGGACAAAUCAUUUCUCGGGAAUAAACAGCGAGACUCGUCGCGAAGGCGAACGCAAACGCGAACUCGGUGCUCGAGGAUAACCAAGUAGUACUUACAUACCUCCCUUUAUCCGUCGAGCCGCUUCGAUUCCUUGUCCUAACGAGAACCAAAACGAUCAAAGCGGUCGAACAACAUCGAACAAGUGUGAUCGAAAUCGUUCGAUGAUAGGGGUGUGCGGGUACCCGAGUCUCGGGUCGGGUAGGGACGGGUAACGAUUACACCGAUAAAUUGUCGAGAUUCGAAACGCAAUUCGGGUCCUGAAAUCACGGGUACCCGACAUGAAUUUUCGGGUACCCGAGUCUCGGGUCGGGUACAACGGGUAAUGAUCGGGUAGGGUCGGGCGAUACACCGGAAAAUGGUUAAAACUCGAAUCCCAAUUUGAGUGUAAAAAUCACGGGUACCCGAGUCUCGGGUCGGGUAGAACGGGUAAUGAUCGGGUAGGGUCGGGCGAUACACCGGAAAAUGGUUAAAACUCGAAUCCCAAUUUGAGUGUAAAAAUCACGGGUACCCGUGUCUCGGGUCGGGUAGAACGGGUAAUGAUAGAAUCGGGUCGAGAGAUACCCCAAAAAAUUGUCGAGAUUUAAAACUCAAUUCGAGUCCUGAAAACACGAGUAUCCGACCCGAAUCCUCGGGUACCCGCACACCCUUAUUCGAUACCUUUUUCUCAUAGUCAUAGUUUGAAAAUUCGACGAGAUCGAGCUCGAAAGUAGCGAAACGAGUCGUUCUUUGUUCCUGAAUGUUCAUGCUCGAACACUACCACUUUAAUGCUCGGACUAUUAGUUAUAAUCUAGUUUCUCGAAAUUGACCAAACUACUUUGAUACACGAUCGACUACGAAUUACAGGCUAUAUUCUUUGAGAGAUUCGUUUACCAAAAGGAUAUCGUUCGGGCGCGACGAGAGCGAACAAUCGAGACGAUAAAAGACGAGCAAAUGCGUUGUAACAUUUGAAAAAUCAUAUCGCAGGGAAACGUGCGAACCUCGCCUAACCAAGUGGAUGUACAUAGUGAAAUUAACUCUCGCAUCUUUUCAACCGUAUGCGACCGCGGUAUCAGCAUUGAGAACGACAAUAGGAUUCGCCAAGGAUUUAUUUAAUAAAAUCUGGAGAAAAGAAACGUUUCGGCGACGUGUACGGAAAAGCGAUCUCGACGACACGCGUCUAUGCUUUUAGAACGAAAUACGGCACGAGUCGUAUCGUAAUAUAUAUAUAAAUAUAAUAUUUUUGUAAUUACGAUGUUCCACUAUACGUUGUAAAUAUGAUAUCGCAAUUAAAAGUACGUAAGCUUAA